AUGGGAAAGAUGGAGAGGGAGCUACAGUGGUGGAAAGGACAGCUAGCUUCAGAUAUCCAUCAGUCCCUGCGCAUUAAGGAGCUGAAGCUGCCGGUGUACCGGGCCCACUCCCCACAGAUUGGUAUGCGGCGGUACUUUGCAGAUUUGUUGGCCAUCCUGAGUAAUCGCUACCAGCUGUGCCCCACAGCACGUCACCUGGCUGUUUACCUGCUGGACUUGUUCAUGGACCACUAUGAUGUUGCUGUCAAACAGCUCUACGUCAUUGCCCUCUCCUGCCUGCUGCUAGCUAGUAAAUUUGAGGAGAAGGAGGACCGGGUCCCCAAGCUGGAGCAGCUGAACUCCCUUGGUUUUAUGUGCAGCCUGAAUCUCGUCCUCAACAAGAAGGAUCUGAUCAAAAUGGAGCUUCUGUUGUUGGAGACUUUCAGCUGGAAUCUGUGCAUGCCCACACCCGCCCACUUUAUCGACUACUACCUCCACGCUGCAGUGCAGGAGGGCGACCUCUACAACGGCUGGCCCCUGUCCUCCAUCUCCAAGACCAAGUCCUUCAUGGACAAAUACACUCACUACUUCCUGGAGGUCUCCUUACAGGAUCACGCCUUCCUCAAUUUCAGACCGUCCCAGGUUGCUGCUGCGUGCGUGGCAGCAUCUCGUAUUUGCCUUCAGAUUUCCCCAAGCUGGACGACGGCUCUGCAUCUGCUAACCGGGUACUCGUGGGACCACCUCACCCAGUGCAUCGAACUCAUGCUGCUAGCUCAUGACAACGACGUGAAAGAGGCCAAUAAAACCAAAUCCACCCCUCCUCACCGGCCUGCCUCUCUGCAGUCCCAGACUUCUCACCUCUCCCCAGUGUCAGCUAUCCAGACACCAGCCUCCUCCAGCUCCUCCUCCACACCACAGUUGCUCUUUCAGCCAGAUGGUUUCCCACACCUUUCUCAGCAUUCCCCAUCCUUGUCUCAGCUGCAAGCACUAGCCGACUCCCAGGCUUUGGGUCCAGUAGUGAGCAUGUCUCAGGAUUUCCUCCAGAGCCACCGCAUGGGGCUGCUAACUGGGGCUGCUUCCAUCACUCCUGGAGGAGUGUUCCCCUCUUACUCGAGUCUAACCUCAGGUCUUCAGCCAGGAGCCCGCGCUUUGCCUCUCCAGGGCCCCAUCUCUGUGCAGAUGGCCCUCGCUGGAGAACCGCGCCACUGUCUGAGUAUGGCCUACAGCGGGGGCUACUUGGGCGCACACCACACAUUUACAGCCGGCUGCUUUGACAGGUGACGCCAGGAGACGGAGAGGGAACACAAACCCCCACGGGAGUCCACUUCACUUCUUCCCACCCAACUCCCUGCCCAGAAACAUCCACUAACGGACCUCUUCUCUCUCUCCGUCGGCACUGCAACACCUUCAGCUCGUCCAGCUCCCCCGCCCCUCUCACAGAGACGCCUCAAACGUAAGCAGAGGUCCAAAGGCAGAACAGACCACGUGGAAGUCAUCACACUGACGUGACGAAUGCUUCUCUGCCUCAUAUUCCAUUCGGAGGCACGUAGACAUUUUAUUUCCUGCCGUAUACUGAACGGACUUUAUCAAACUGUUAUUAUGAGACUGUCAUCACUGUGAAUGAGAUGAAAGCAGCAGUGUGGUUGUACACCCACCUCAUUCAGUGCCUGUUCUCAGUUGUGCGUGAUAGUUGAGACAAUUUUAGAAGUGCACAGAACACAAAGUAUCUGUGCCAAGCGUUGCUGCUUGACGUUCGUUUCUCUUCGUAUCCAAUCCCCAAAAAUAUAACGCAUUUCAUGGAAAAUUGGGCUGAUUAUAUUUUCUUUAUGCAAGCCACGGUUUGACUAAAGAUGGAACAAACGCUUAAUCUAUAGAGCGCAAAGAGGCUGUGCAUGUCGGCAAACAUUUGAUGUAAUGAGCAGAAAGGCUCCUCUGGGAGUUCCUCAGCACACAGGAGCUCAGAGGAGACCAAGGUUUCAUUGUUUCGUGCACAGCAGGUGAAGUCCACGGCUCGGAACAGGCCUGCAGUGUUCAGCUUAGUUUUUUAUCCCCAAAGUCGAGCCUUGUGGGAGAGCCUUCACUCAAACCGGUAAAAAAAAAAAAAAAAAAAAAAAGUGCUUCUCCCGCACGCUCUUCAUACUAAAGUUUUAAUUUCUCCUGCACCGCUCAAAGAGUUGAACACCGACCGAUGUGUGGACCAGCACGGUGAAGGAGAAACGGAUGUACCGGUGUUGUAAAUACAAAUUGCUGCUGCCUUUAAAAGAAAAAGAAAAGCUGGUUCUGUGUCUGUGAUGCCUCCCAAUGUUUACAUGAACCACUAUCAGGGACUUGAGCAAGAUUACUUGAAUAUGAUGCCAUUGAAACAUGCCAUAGCUUUUAUUUAUGACUUUUAUUUUCUUACUAUUUUGUUUG